AUGUGGACAUCUCUAUUAUCCCAGCCUCCAUUUACAGCACCCAGCAAGGCUGUGAUGAGCGCUGCACCCCUUUGCUGGCUUUACCGGCUUCUCGUCGAGGGAAGCCACGCCCCCCAACCCGAUGGGAAAAGACCACCAAAAUUGUCCCUGGACGAGAUUGAAGUGUCUUUGGAAGACUUUGAAAGACGAUGGGGCACGCAUGAAUUCCAUACGGACACACGGCCCGAGCCAGAAAUCGUCACCAAGAUGACAGAAGCUCUCGCUCACGGAACACUCAAAGACAUGGCGCGGAUCUUCCAUCAAACGUGUCCUGGAGACUGGGAUCUAGACAUGAAUGUGGCACUCGGUGAAAAGUUGCAGGCAUACUACGAGCGCAAUGAAGGCAAAGAACAUGCACCGAUGCUAGCAGCGACGAUACGUUUUCGAUGGGAGAUGGGGCUUCUCGCGGAUUACCUGGUUAGCCUGUUUGGCCUUCCAAUACCUUGCAACGAGGUUUGCGCUCUUUGGCAUCAAAAGUCCUGGCAGUAUGCCAUGGAAAAGACGAAUACUACUUGGCGAGUACGUUGGGAUAAGAUAACGAAUGCCCUUGGCAGGUCUUUUGAUGUAAUCCCUCGUGAGGACCAGGGUCCGUUGUUCUAUCGCCCGCCAUGGUAUUUCACCGCUGCUCUCGUUGAAGCUGAUAAGUCCGAGGACGAGAUUUUGACUAUCGUAUCUGCCGUUUGCGAGUUUUCGGAGAUUUUGAAGGAGUUUCAUUAUGAGGACUACGAGUAUUAG